GUUGUGUUUGGAUAUUAUAAUCGUGAAUCUGCCUGUCGACGAGUCGAAAUCGGAACUUGAGGGAUCGUUUUCGUUGGAGAUCUCACCUCUACAGCUCUGCGAUUUCCGGCUAGAGAGAUUAGGGUUUCCAGUAUCCUCGGAAUCAGAUGUAUUCUGAUCGAAUGGAGGCUGAGGCUGAAAGCAGGAAGACGGUAAAGAACCGACUCAACGGCGGUUCUGUGGACAUCUCUUCUCGCGGGAGACAGGUCACGAGGAAGAGGGAAAGACAGGAUGACGAUAAGUGGCAGCAUGAUCUUUUCGAUGAUGACAUGCCUCGAAUAUCAAAUCGCAGAGUUGACCCGAAAGAUCUCCGCUUGAAGCUCCAAAAGAAACAUCAUGGCUUGCAAAGUCGACUUGGAGCUAAGUUGAGCGUGCCGGAUCUACGGGAUAAGCUAUCUGGGACGAUGAAUUCACAACCAAGGAUCAGUAACCCACCAAAAUCUAGAACGGAGGCUGCUAGACCAGGCAUAAAGAAGGUUUCAGGUGAAACCAAAUCUGAGACCAGGACAGCUUCGAACAAAGCUACCAAGAAGAAAUCACAGCAGGCUGAUACGUCUGUUGAUAGCUUCCUGGAAUCAUUGGGUCUCGAGAAAUAUUCCACCGCAUUUCAAGUGGAAGAAGUUGAUAUGGAUGCUCUAAUGCAUAUGACAGAUGAUGACCUCAAAGCUCUUCUCAUACCAAUGGGCCCUAGGAAGAAGAUACUCCUGUCUUUGGGAUCUAAACGUGGGUAGAUUUGCUAGUUGCUUCAAGCUUAGGUGAAUGAUUGUCAGAAAGAUCCUGCAUCUGACUUUGCAUUGUCUCUUUUCUUUUUCAUCUGUAUCUCAAAAGACAAAAGUAGGUAUAGAGUUUUGAGAUUAAGCACUUGUAACCUUUUUAGCACAGAGAAUUGAAAGACUGAAAAGCAAUGUUGGAAUGAGAAAAAAAGAAAGAGUUUU